AUGGAUUUCCACGCGGCGAGGCUCGACGCUGCGCAGCAGCGGAGGCCGCCAGGGCACGCCGGCUGCGCGUGGCCGCCCCCGCGCGCCGACGACCGCCGCGGCCUCCCUCCUCUUCCUCGCCGGCACCCGCCGCCUCCUCCGCGCGGGCCUCCUAGUCCUCCGAAUGCGGCGGUCGUCGCGGGCGAGUCGGUCGGCGGCGCUCCGGCUGGGUUCGCGGCUUCUGUGGUGGCGCGGGACGAGAAGGAGAGGGGAGGCGGAGCCGGCGGCGGGGUGGGGAGCAAGAGGCGCUUGCCGCUGGCGUCCGCGCCGCCGCCGCCCAAGCGUAGGGCGGUCACCACGUCCGCGAGGCGGCAGUUCCCGCCCGGUUGCGGGCGGCAAGCGGCUGUUCCGCUCGGCCGCCCUCGGUCCGGAGAUGCUGGUGCCCGCGGCUGUUCUGCUGUGUUGGAGAAGGCGGCGGCCGCUACUGCUCCUCUUGCGGGCGGCAAGGACGGUGCCCUGUUUGGAACGGUGACUCGCGGUGCUGCUUGUACGAGUGUACUGCAGAAAGUUUCUGCAGCGGGUGCUGAUGCUCCGAUGGCGUACUGCGGCCAUCAUGGUCCAGAAGCAGGUGUGGUGAAAUCUUCAUCAGAGGCUUUGCGCCGGAGUGAUGUGGCUGCCCCAGAUGGUUCGUUGGGUACUGGUUUGCAAGGCGUUCCUGCUGUGUUAGUGGAGGGCAGGGGAAGCGGAGCAAGGAGUGGUGAAUUGGGGAGGAAGGAGGUUGUGCUGGCCGUGUCAUUGCAAGCAGAGCCGAUGAUAUCUUUCACCAAAAGCAGCUUUCCCCCUGGUUGCGGCAAGGAUGCAGUGUUAUCUGUUCUUGUUGGUGGAGGCGUCGGCGAAAUGCGAUUGCCGUUGGAAUCUGAUCUUGCUGAUGGUGAUUUGGGUGUGGCAGAGGACGUGGUAGUGCCUGCCGAUGGCUAUGUUUCUGCUGUGCAUGGACAUGACAUGGAGAUUUUGCCUCCACAAUGCAAUGUUACUAUUGAGGGAACAGUACAGGAUGAUGGAUUGGAGGAGGGUGAGAUUCCUCCCGAGGUUGUGGUUCAAGAGUCUCAAGUUUCUACCAGUGAUACUCUGCAAAAUUUUUCAGCUUCUAGACAUUGGGCUUCUGCAGAAAUUAGUGCUGCUGAAACUUCUGCAAUUCAAUCUUCUAAUGAGGAGACAGGUGGGAACAUGUUGCAGUGUGAGAAGAGGUCAUCAUGCUUAGUUGCAAAGAAGGUCGAGGUGAUGAACAUUGGGAGCUCAUGCAACGGUGUUCCUGAAACUUUGGCUGAAGAUUCUUCCAAACAAAAUCUGAUGUGUAAUAGAAUGUCUGAAAGUGCGAGGAUGAACAGAGCAUCUUCUGAUGUUGCAGCUGGCGAUGGCACUACGAUAAGAAAUGUUACUGUGCAUGGUUCUACAGCUUAUAGAUAUGGUGCUUCUGCUCCCCAAUUCAGUGCUGUGGAGACUUCUGUAAUGCAGUCUUUUAAUGAGAAGACAGGUGGGAACACAUUGCAGUGUGAGGAGAACAGACCAUCACGGUUAUUUGCAAAUGAUGUAAAGCUGAUGAACCAAUCUAUUGGGAGUUCGAACAACAUUGUUGCUGAAUCUUUGGCUGAAGAUUCUUCCAAACAAGACAUGAUGGGCAAGAGAGUGUCUGAAAGUGCUAGGAUGAACAGAGCAUCUUCUGAUUUUGCAGCAGCAGGAGAGUCUGGCGAUGGUACUAAGAUCAGACGUAAGGCUACGUUUACACCUAGGAAAGUAGUCAGACCUACCAAAAAUCUGCACAAGGAGGAGGAGAUUGAACAUGGAAGGGGUGUGAUCAUAAAUAGGAUUAAGGAUACUGGUGAGCUUACUGCAGAUCAAGUUAUGCAAGUUCCAGUUGCUUCAGAUAAGUUCCACAUGACACAGGAUAAAGAGGCUGCCACAACUAAGGGCUUCUUUGGUCCCAGGAAGAAGGUGAAGGUAAAAGCUUCAGCCCAUAUUCAGAUGAAGAUUGCCUCUACAGGUGCAUUGGGUAGCAAGGGGAAACUGAAUGAUGAGGUGGCUUCCAACUUGGAUGAUGAUGACAUAUUGAAGGCACUAGUUGUUCAUGGAGGAAAGCUUGAAUUAUACCUCAACAAUUCCUCAGGUCUUCCUUCUGUGACGUGUCCAAGGCAAUAUGGAUCCAAGAAUGCAGAUGCUAGGAGCAAAUUCAAAAUGCUGUCCAGGAGGUUUGAGUUUGUAUGCCGAGCCCUGGUGCAAGCUGUGGAGCAGCAUUCACUGAAGAUUAGGAGAAUUGACCUUGAAGCUGAUAAAGUGAUAAGAAAAUUGCCGGGUUUUACCAAACAUGGUCCUAUUGUGGGACAAGUUCCAGGAGUUUUAGUUGGUGACGAGUUUCUAUAUAGAGUUCAGCUUGCCAUUGUUGGUCUACAUCGUGUAUACCAGGGAGGCAUUGACUUUACCACAUACAGAAAUGGUGAGCGCAUUGCAAUAAGCAUUAUUGCCUCUGGAGGUUAUCCAGAUGAGUUGCCUUGCUCAGGUGAAUUGAUAUAUACUGGUUCUGGUGGGAAGCCUGCUGGCAAGAAGGAUGAUGAGGAUCAGAAGCUUGAGCGUGGGAAUCUUGCAUUGAAAAACUGCAUCAAAACAAAAACACCAGUCAGGGUGAUUCAUGGCUUUAAGGGGCACAAUACCGAGGGAGGUAGUCAUUCAAGGGCCAAACAAAUCUCAACAUUCACUUAUGACGGAUUGUAUCAGGUGGUGGAUUUCUGGAUGCAUGGUCGACCAGGUUCAAGGGUGUUUAAGUACAAGUUGCAAAAGAUUCCUGGGCAAGCAGAACUUCCUAUGCACAUAGCUAAAGGGAUGAGGAAGUCCAAAACGCGUCCAGGCCUGUAUGUGGUUGAUAUAUCUCAAGGGAAGGAGGGAACUCCCAUCUGUGUCAUUAAUACAGUUGAUGAUGUGCGACCUACACCAUUCCGAUACAUCACUAGAAUUAAAUAUCCAUUCGGGCUUACAAAAUUAUGCCAUCAGGGUUGUGACUGCACCAAUGGAUGCUCAGACUCCGUGAGCUGUGCAUGUGCUGUGAAGAAUGGAGGGGAAAUCCCAUUUAACUUAAACGGUGCAAUUGUCAAUGAAAAGCCCCUGAUAUUUGAGUGUGGUCCAUCUUGUAAGUGCCCUCGUUCAUGCCAGAACAGGGUCAGUCAGCAUGGUACGAAAAUACCACUGGAAGUAUUCAGGACAACCAAGACCGGUUGGGGCGUAAGAUCCUUGAGCUCCAUUUCUUCUGGCAGCUUCAUAUGUGAGUAUGUUGGUGAGCUGCUGUAUGGCAAGGAAGCUGAUGAGAGAAGGAACAGUGAUUACUUAUUUGAUAUAGGCCUUAAAUGUGGUGAUGAGAAUCUUUGCAAUGGGUUGAUAUCAACUGUUUCAGGUCUGAACUCUUCUAGCUCUUGCUCUCAGACCAUGGAAGAUGUGGGCUUCACAAUAGAUGCAGCUGAGUAUGGAAAUAUCGGAAGAUUCAUCAACCAUAGCUGCUCACCUAAUCUUUACACACAAAAUGUUCUUUGGGACCAUGAUGACAAAAGGAUGACUCAUAUUAUGUUCUUUGCUGCGGAGACGAUUCCACCACUACAGGAGCUCACUUAUGACUAUAACUAUGAAAUAGAUCAGAUCCAAGAUGCGAAUGGAAGGAUAAAGUUCAAAGUUUGUCAAUGUGGUUCUCCACAAUGCUCUGGGAGGCUCUACUAAGGCAUGGUCAACUGCAAGUUGCAUUGUAGUUUUCUGUAAAACAAUAUCCUAAGGACUGUCGUUUACUUGCAUUUCAGUUGAUCGUAUCUAGAUAGUCUGAGAUGUUACUGCUAGUAAAGAAAAGUUUGUCUUAGUUGAUGACAUGUAGAUAACAUGAGAUGCUACUGCGGGUAAAGAAAAUCAAUAGUAUGCUCAACCUAUUGUCUUGCAUUUUCAUCUUGAUUUAUUUAGGCACUAUUGGAUGAUAUUAAAUGCCGUGCUCUGUCGUAUAAAAAUCCUGCCCC